AUGGUGAAACUAAUUCACACAUUAGCUGAUCAUGGUGAUGAUGUCAACUGCUGCGCCUUCUCCUCUUCCCUCUUGGCUACUUGCUCCUUGGACAAAACAAUUCGCCUAUAUUCCUUAAGUGACUUUACUGAACUGCCACACUCUCCAUUGAAGUUUCACACCUAUGCUGUCCACUGCUGCUGUUUCUCCCCUUCAGGACAUAUUUUGGCUUCGUGUUCAACAGAUGGUACCACUGUCCUAUGGAAUACUCUAAAUGGACAGACUUUGGCCGUGAUGGAACAGCCCAGUGGUAGCCCUGUGAGGGUUUGCCAGUUUUCCCCAGACUCCACUUGCUUGGCAUCAGGGGCAGCUGAUGGAACUGUUGUUUUGUGGAAUGCACAGUCAUACAAGUUAUAUAGAUGUGGUAGUGUUAAGGAUGGCUCCUUGGUGGCCUGUGCAUUUUUUCCUAACGGAAACCUCUUUGUCACUGGCUCCUCAUGUGGAGAUUUAACAGUGUGGGAUGAUAAAAUGAGGUGUCUGCAUAGUGAAAAAGCACAUGAUCUUGGAAUUACCUGCUGCGAUUUUUCUUCACAGCCAGUGUCUGUUUUAGAUGGAGGACAAGACCUUCAGUUUUUUCGAUUAGCAACAUGUGGUCAGGAUUGCCAAGUCAAAAUUUGGGUUGUUUCUUUUACCCAUAUCUUAGGUUUUGAGUUAAAAUAUAAAAGUACACUGAGUGGGCACUGUGCUCCUGUUCUGGCUUGUGCUUUUUCCCAUGAUGGGCGGAUGCUGGUCUCAGGAUCAGUGGAUAAAUCUGUCAUAGUAUAUGAUAUUAAUACUGAGAAUAUACUUCACACGUUGACUCAGCACACCAGGUAUGUCACAACUUGUGCCUUUGCACCCAAUAUCCUUUUACUUGCUACUGGAUCAAUGGACAAAACAGUGAACAUCUGGCAAUUUGACCUGGAAACACUUUGCCAAGCAAGGAGCAUGGAAGAUCAGCUGAAGCAAUUUACUGAAGAUUGGUCAGAGGAGGAUGUCUCAACAUGGCUUUGUGCACAAGGUUUAAAAGACCUCGUUGAUAUUUUCAAGAUGAAUAACAUUGAUGGAAAAGAACUGUUGAACCUUACAAAAGAAAGUCUGGCCGAUGAUUUGAAAAUUGAAUCUCUAGGGCUACGUAGUAAAGUGCUCAGAAAAAUUGAAGAGCUCAGGACCGAGGUGAAAUCCCUUUCUUCUGGAAUUCCUGAUGAAUUUAUAUGUCCAAUAACUAGGGAACUUAUGAAGGAUCCAGUCAUUGCAUCAGAUGGCUAUUCAUAUGAAAAGGAAGCAAUGGAAAACUGGAUCAGCAAAAAGAAACGCACAAGUCCCAUGACAAACCUUGUUCUUUCUUCAGUGGUACUUACGCCAAAUAGGACUCUGAAAAUGGCCAUCAAUCGAUGGCUUGAGACACAUCAAAAAUAGAAUUUAUUUUGUACUGUUUAUUUUUUCAGUCAUUUCAUUGGAAUGAUCUAAAGGUAAAUAUUAAUUAGACAUUAUUAAAAGCAAAACAGAAGUGGAAGAAACUUCUUAAAUUUAGUUACCUAUAAAAAUUGUCCAUUGAUUCUUUAAAACACCAAGACCAAAGUUACACAUCCAACCUCAUUUCUGUCUUUCCUAUAAAAACCUUUUUGUAUUAGUGAAAAAAAAUCUUAAGCUGUAUAGAAAUAAACUUUUACUUUAAAUUGC